AUGCCUUUUCCGAACCGGUUUAAUGAUACGCAAUUCCCGAAUCCGAUCUGGCUACCGUAUCUCUCGGCGCGAUGGAUGAUUCGAGACCUAGACCCUGCUGCCGCUGCCGCUGCCGCAAUCUCCCCAGCCUAUAGGUAUUUUACAUCUGCGCCGCCAACGCCAACGCCAACGCCAACGCCAACGCCGACCUUCGAACGUGAGGGAGAGGAGGGUGGCUGCUUCUGCUACCCGUUCGUCAACCCGGACUGCUUCCUCGCCGAUCAGCCUGGCCGCUGCCCGUUGCACGGGGAGCUCACGGGGUGUGCGCCUGGGGAGAUGGUGGCGUGGAGGGACCAUGAGGAAGGAGGGAUGGUGGACGAGUUGGGGCUGGUGGGGCUGGGGAUGGGGAUGGGGAUGGGAAUGGGGCUGGAGCUGGAGCUGGAGCUGGAGUGGGAGCUGGAGCUGCAGUUGCAGUUGCAGUUGGAGUGGGAGCUCAAGGUGGAGAGGGGGAGGGAGAGGGUCGAGGAGUGGCUGGAGGGCUGUGUGGGGGGUGUCGCGCGGGGCUUUGAACGCGUGAGGGCGGACCGGGAGAAUUGGACGACGAGCCUCCGGAGGGGUGGCGGCGAGGGGUCAGGUGACGGGGAUGCGGGGGAUGCGGGGGAUGCGGGGGAUGCGGGGGAUGCGGGGGAUGCGGGGGAUGCGGACGGGGGCUGGUUCUGA